AUGGCGGAGAGGCCCGUCGCGCCGGUGCGCUCCAUGGACGACGGCUUCUGGCUGGAAAGGGACCACCACGACGACUCCGCCGCCGCCUCCGACGACGCCAUCGUCUCUGCUUUCCUCGUGUGCGACGGUGACCUUCAGGCAAUACGGGACCUGCUGAUGGGGUACCAGGACCAGCACGGACAAGAUCAGCAUGCGCUUCUUCUUCACGACGACCAUCACGACGACUCCGCCGCCGCCGCCGCCGACGCGGUCGUCUCUACUUACGUCGUCAGCGACGAUGACGUUCAGGCAAUACAUGACCUGCUGAUGGGGUACCAGGACCAGCUCGGAGAGGAUCAACAGGCGCUUCUUCUUCACGGCGACCAUGGACAUGGAGACGACGCGCAGAUGAUGCUACACCCCACGAGGCACAUCCCGCGGUUUCUUGGAGGUUCGGCCCCGCACUUCGUCGCCGCAGGGAUGACGGCCGGCUUCAUGCGGGUCGCCGCCGCGGACGCUCCGCAUCAAGAACAAGAAGGAGGAGGAGAGAGGCACAUCCUGGUGCACUACCGCUACACCCGCUUCUCGGCCGCAUCGUCGUCGGACGGCAGCAUGGAAGCGCGCGGCAGCACGAGAGAGCAUCAGCUCCGGUUCAUCACCGCCGCCGGCCACGGGGCCAGGUCGCUGGACUGGGCCGGCGCCUCGCUGGCGCACCUCAUAUACCCUGACGGCUGCAGCAAGCGGCUCCGAGAGCUAUGGACGAGCCUGGCGUCUCAGGUGAGCCUCCCGCCGGGCGCCGUGCGCAUCGAGGUGUUCGUCGACGUCGGCAUCCUCCGGCGGGCCAACAGCACGGACAGCAUGGACCACAUGCGCGCCGCCCUGGAGGACAUGAUGGAGAAGCCGUGGCCCACCCGCUUCACCGGCAUGGAGCUCAACCUGCCGGAACCGGUGCGGUGCGGCCACGACGACAACGACACGGAUGGCGGACAGAGGCCGGCGAAGCGAAGGAGGGUGGUGGCCACCGAGGACGAGGAGAGCUGCAGCGUCUGCUACGAGCUUCUCAAGGGCGACGACCUCGCGGCGUGGCCGGGAUGCGGCAAGCCCCACGUCCUCCAUGGCGCGUGCAUGCAGGCCGUCCUCGAGAGCAACCCGCUGUGCCCCAUGUGCAGGCGCGAUCUCUACAUCAAGCCCAAAUUCUAA